AUGCGGUUGACCAUAAAUAUGAGAGCGCUGAAAGAUCCAUGGUUUUCUGAAUUUCUUUUAAGAGUCGGUGAUGGAACUGAAGAACCAAUCGAAGGAAACUAUAUCCGCAUACCCUAUGACAUGACAAUUCAGUGCAACAAUAGAGAAAACUCUAUAAAAGAAUUGAUCAAUGCCAUCUUUCCAUCAAUUGAAGAUAUUGUAUAUUCUUCAGAUUAUAUAAUCUCUAGAGCAAUAUUGUCCACUAAAAAUGAGAGUGUUGAUGAGAUUAAUAAUCAAAUGAUUGAAAUUUUUCAAGGGGAGGAAAAAGUUUAUUACAAUUUUGACGAAGUUGAAGACGAUCAGCGUAACUUCUAUCCGGUCGAGUUCUUAAACUCGCUAAAUGUUAGUGGUUUGCCGCCUCAUAAGCUUCGUUUAGAAACUGGAUGCCCAAUAAUAUUGUUACGGAAUAUCGAUCCAUCACAUGGCCUGUGUAAUGGCACGCGGUUGAUAUGUCUGAAACUUAAAUCGGCGAUGAGAUAUAUCGGAAUCGUUGUGGUCGAGGGUGAUUUGUUUGUGAUUUGCUAUGGAGAUGGAAAAUAUUGCUGGUUGUUGGAUCUGUUGGUUGUUGGUGGAUUUCAACAACCGCAUGAAGGUAGUGGUGGAUUUGGGUCUGUGAUUACAUAUCUGAGAGAGAGAAAGAGAUCAAGAGAUGGGACCUGA